AUGCAAUUCUCCAAGAUCGCUACCGUCGCUGCUGCCGCUGCCGUCGCUUCCGCUAACAACGUUACCACUGAAACUGUUAAGCACCAAUCCACCACUCUAGUUACCAUCACUUCUUGUGAAAACCACGUGUGCUCUGAAUCCGUUUCUCAAGCUCAAGUUUCUACUGCUACCGUUACCGAAAACGAUGUUGUUUCUGAAAUCACCACCUGGUGUCCAUUGAGCACUGCUCCAGUUACUUCUACCGCUAACGCUACUUCUGAAGCUCCAUCUGCUCCAGUUACCGCUGCUCCAGUUACUUCUGUUGCUGCUUCCAACGGUACUGCUCCAGCUCCAGUCACCUCCACCAAGCCAGGUGUUUCUUACACCACUGUCGAGAGCGUUGUUGGUACUGAAACCAUCACCUACACCGUCCCAUGCUCUGAGACCGAAGCUUCUGCUACCUCUGCUCCAGCUACCUCUGCUCCAGCUUCUUCCGCUCCAGUUUCCUCUGAAGCUUCCAAGUCUGCUGCUCCAGCUUCCCCAUCUCCAAAGGGUUCCGCUGCUCCAGCUUCUUCCGCUUCUAGCUCCACCAAGAGUGCUGAAGCUUCUUCCACCAAGAGUGUCCCAGCUUCUUACACCGGUGCUGCUGACAGAGUCUUGCCAGCUGCUGGUGCUCUAUUCGCUGGUGCCGCUGCUCUAUUGUUGUAA